AACCAACCCACCACAUCCUCAUCCACGCCAAUAAAAUCCCACGCGCCAUGGCCGACGCCGACCUCGAAGACCUGCGCCGCGCGCGCCUACAGCAACUACAGCAGCAAGGCGGUGGCGGCGGCGGUGGUGGAGGAGGAGACAGCUCAGAGCAAGACGGAAAGCAACAACGCGAAGCCGAUCAACGCACGCACAUCCUCUCGCAGAUCCUGCUCCCCGACGCCGCCGACCGCCUGGGCCGCAUCCGGCUCGUGAAGGAGUCGCGCGCAACCGACAUCGAGAACCGACUCAUUGCGCUCGCGCGCUCGGGCCAGAUCCGGCAGAAGGUUACCGAGGAGCAGUUGAAGGAUAUUCUGGGCGCCGUGGCCGAGAAGGAAGAGGAGAGCAAGGGGCGGAUUGUGGUGAAUCGGCGGGGGGGAGGGGGCUGGGACGAUGAUGACGAGUUGGAGGAACUUAUGAAGGAUGUUUGAUGGGUGGGCUUGGGACGGGGAUGAAGGCAGGAGGUGGCAUGCAUUGGUAGGCGUUUUCUUUUUUCUUUCGAGUGAGCGAGUUGUAACUUGUAGGUCUCGAGAAAGACUCGUUUCGAACGUGUGGAAUUCUAAACAGACUGAAU